ACCACGGGUGCCUUUUCUCUCCGGGAAGGUGUCGUGGCGAAGGCCAGGCCUAGGGCUAGAAUGAGGGGUAGAGUGUGACUGGUGGGAGAGUGUAGGUGGCGCCUGGGCGGCCAGAACCGCGGGUUCGGAAGUUUCUUUUUUGGUGGAGGGGGCGCGGCUCCAGGCGAUGGAACUCAGCCUGCUUGGGAGCCUCAGUUGUCCGGCGCUUCUUGCAGCUUCCUUUAUUGGCCAGGGCGAGUGAAACCUGGACUUCUAAUUUCCUUGCUGAAGGUGGUGAGAUUAUUCUGGGCCGCACAAAUUCCGAGUAGGGAGCACGGCUCUACCGUGCAUCCGCGGGGACUGUCAGCCAGAGCCAAGUAGACAUGCCCUGUGCUGGGGCAGGAGGCAUGAAUCAGGGCCUCCUGGCUGUUGUCGCUUCUCAGCUGAUGCAGGAUGAUGAGGAAUUGGAGAGGACACUGAAGGAGACAGCCUCUUCAGGCCUUUGUGACUAGGUGUGGCGGUGGGCAUGGAGCCAGCGAUGACUCUGAGGUCAGCGUGGGUGAAAACUGGGUGGACCUGCCAGUGAGAAGACUGAGGAGAGGAGUAGCAAGCAGGCCAAGGGGAGGAAGAAGGGGGACUAGUGUCCUCACACUAUUAUGUCCCUCAUGUGACAGCUUGUCGUCUGCCCUGCUGGCAAGGCUGUACCCCUCACCUAGGCUCCCCAGGCCAGCGACCUGUCAUGAUCUUCGGAUAUCUGCGAACCUCUGUCCAGUGCCCCGUUCAGGACAGAUAUCAGUCCUGGAUGCAUGGACACAACAUGGGCCUCUACAGUUAAAGCUGGGAGAAGUCACCCCUGGCAGCAGAAAUCCAUCUUGAGAUGAAUUCUUCUGGCAGAAUUUCAAGAUACCACGUUGACUCUAGGGCCAUGAUGUUUCUGGAUUCUUCUGUCCUAGAAGAGCAGGACUGGGAGAGGAUUUUAUCUUCAAAGAAUGGGGACACUAUAGAGAUCAUAAAGCAAUUGACUUGAAGUUACAAAAUGAAAGGUUUGUCUUCUAAUGAUGCCGACUGGCCCCAAGGAAAGGAUGAAAAGCCCAAAAUACUGGUGAGUUUCAGGGCUGUGACUGUGAUCUUCACAGAGGCAGAAUGGAAGAUACUGAGCCCCAAGCAAAGAAAUCUGUACAAAGAAGUGAUGCUGGAGAAUUCCAGGAAUCUGCUGUCAUUAGCAGAAUCAAAGCCAGAAAUCUACCCUUGUUUCUCCUGCCCUCUAGCUUUUGCCUGUUUGCACCUCCUUGCCCAGUAUGUUCUUCAGCCCUUCCUGGGCUUAUGUGCAGAAAAUCACUUCCAUCCAGGGAAUUUCAGGCCAGGGCAGUGGAAGCAAUAGAAGCAGCAGUGUUUUCGUCAGAGCUGCUGGAAUAGAAGCACAGAAGGUCAUGGGAAAAAAGAUGGCUCCAAACCCUUGUCUGCAAGGAUGGACGAGAGUAAGAUCUCAAGGGCAUUCUCCAGGCCUGUCCAAGGACAGUUAGCAUGUCCUAGAGAAGGCAACAUAGUGGUGGGAAUAAAGCCUCCCUCCAGUCAGAGGGGAGGUCUUGUGCACACAGACCAAUGUCUAAAGGAAUUAAAAACCUUGAGACUUGGAGCAGUGGACUAUGGAGUGGGCAAAUCAGACCGUGGCCUGAAAUCCGACUACAUUACAGAUUCAAGGACCCCUUAGGGAAGAAGCUGUUUGUUUGCAAUACUUGGCGGGCAAGCCUACAAAGAUAAGUCAACCCUAAUCAGACACCAUCAGACACACUCGAUGGAGAAGCCAGAUGUGUGCAGCGAGUGUAGCCAGGGCUUUAACCAGAAGUGCAAACUCAGUAGACACCAGACGACACAGUCAGGAGAGAUGCCUUAUUUGUGCAGUGAGUGUGGGCAAUGCUUUAGAAAUAAGUCCAUCCUCUUCAGACAUCAGGAGACUCACUCAGGGGGGAGGCCCGCCCGAGUUUGCAGGGAGUGUGAGUAAGGCUUCGGUGAGAGGUCAUCCUACAUCAGACACCAGAGGACACCCUCAGGGAAGAAAUCUUAUGUGUGCCUGGCACAUGGACGAGGCUUCAGUGAAAAGUCAACCCUCAGAACACGUCAGAGGACACGCUCAGGAGAGAAGCCUUGUAUUUGCAGGCAGUGUGGGCAAGGCUUUGGCCAGAAUUCAGACCUCGUCAGAUACCAGAGGACACACUCAGAUGAGAAGCCUUACAUCAGCGGAGAGUGUAGGUGAGGCUUUUGUGCCAAGUCCACCCUCAUCAUACACGAGUAGACUCGCUCAGGAGAGAGCCCUUACCUGUGCAGGGAUGGCUGAGGCUUUUGCUGGAAAUCACUCCUCAAACACUAGAGGACAUAUUCGGAGGAGAAGUGUUACGUCUGAGAGUGUGGGUGAAGUUUUAGCCAGAAGUCAAAUCUCACCAGACACCAGAGGACACACUCAGAUGAGAAGCCCUGUAUUUGCAGAAUGUAUGUGUGAGACUUUUGUGACAAGUCGACCCUUAUCAUGCAUGAGUGGACACACUUGGGAGAGAAACUUUACUGAUGCAGUGAGUGUGGCCAGGGCUGCAGCUGGAAGUCACUCCUCCUCAUACACCAGCGGACACACUCAGGGGAAAAGCAUUAUGUUUGUUGGGAAUGUGGGUGAGGUUUUGGCCACAAGUCAGAUCUUAGAAGACACCAGAGGAAACAUCGAAGGGAGAAGUUGUGUGUUUGUAGGGAUCAGGGCAAGACUGACCACCUAGUCAGAGCUCGUCUUGAACUGAGAGACACGCUGGGCAUGCUGUCUGUGUGUGUCAAAUAUGACUGGGGUUUCAGGGGUGUGCCCACACUUUUCAGGAACCGAAGUGCACAUUUAGGAGAUGUGUUCUGAACGUGCUUUCUGGGUGAAGAGUGUGAGGAACUCAGUAGCCAUAUGUCAACCCUGACUGUACAGGAGGGCACAGUGGGGAAGAGCUUUGUGUGCGUAGGAACUGUGGGUAAGUCUUCGGCAGUAAGUCAGCAGUUACCGAACAUGAAUGACAGACUCGGGUGAGGGGUGCAGGGAAGCGCCAUGUGUUCAGGGACUGUUGGAGAGCAUCAGCAAAGGGUCACACGUUCAGGGAGGGGGGAAUGUUACAUUUAGGGAGUGUCACCGAGCAUCAGCAGAGGAGCUGUCAGGCAUAAGCUGGCACACUCAGGAUGGCACUGUUUAUGGGCAGGGAAUAUGGGCCAGGCUCUCGUGGUCACACACUCCAAGAAGGGUCCACAUGUGGACGCUGUGGAGCUCUGCCCACAUUGCCUUUUGGGGCUAAUACCCCAGCUGCUGAGAGGACUGUGCUGCUGCCUCACAGAUGCCUUCGUCACCAAGACUGCCCUAGCCACAGGACCCACGUAAUCCAAGGCCAUGCACCUUUCUAGGGGCUGGCUCUGGGCCAGUGGCCGGUUGAUAGGAAAAACUCUACCCCUCAACUCAACUAGGACAACUCCAAAGGGUCAUCCCAGAUCCAGAGGUCCCCCUUGGACUGAAUGAUAUCUCUAUUACAGACUUAUUGCACAUCAGCCUCUUUCUUUGCCCAGUGCGGUCCUCACUCCCCAGCGAACCCUUGUGUCUCCAUCUCAUUGUCUCUCCAGAGAGUCUGAGAUAUACUAGGUGUAUAAGGACUAUGGAUGAGGCUUUGACCAUACGUCAUCCCUCAGCAAAUUCUAGAAUAUACAAAGUAGAAGCUCCUGUGAGUAGGGAGAGUGGGCAAGGACCUAGAAAAGGUACACCUCAUCAGAGAACAGCUUUUUCUGGGAGAAGAUUUACCAGGGUAGGGAGGGAGACUCUGAAAUAUAUUAGCAAUAAGUUAAACCUCAUCUCACACCAGAGGACACACUUAGGGAGACCUGUAUGGACAGGGCCUCUGGAUGGAACUUGAAUCCAGUGUCUCUCCUCAACAGAUGAGAAGGCAGAAUCUUUCCUCCAUAAAUCACUACCUCAGUCAGCUUGGAGGUGGCUUCAGGAGAAGUCCUGCCCCUCUGCCCGAGAGUAAACAAGUCAUUUCCCCCCACUUUUUGUAACCAGAUGGAAUAAAAAAAAGUAGGAUUUAUUUAAAUAAUCUAAGUAUGGUCAUCUUGGGGGA